GUUUAAAUUCUCUUUGGGCACAAGUCAAAUCGGAAGUCGGAGUCGAAAGAGAUGCUAAAUACCUAAUAUUAUUGUUUUUAUUUUAUAAUUUAUUUAACAAACAGCAUAUAGAAAAACCAUGGAUCCAAACAUUUUUUACGGAUCGUGUCGAUGUUGUUUAGGAAUUGGUUACCACAGGAAUAUCAUGAAGGAAUAUUCUGACAAUAAUAAAAAGGAGAUAUAUAUUAAUUUAUUCGUGGAAUGCUUUAAUUUAUAUUUAUCAACAAACAAAGAUAUUAGUUCAUUGAUAUGUUCUAAGUGCAUUCAACAGCUUGAAGAAGCAAACACAUUCAGACUAACCGUUAUUCACAACGAACAGAGAUUACUUGAUACAGUACCAAAUAAGGAUAUGAUUUUUGUCAAUGUACCAGGUGAUGGUGAAGUAAUUAUAAAAGAUGAACAGGACAGUGAUAGUGUGGGUGGUGUGAGUGAUGAUGACUCAGAUUAUAAACCAGACGAAGAUUUAGUGGAUCACACAGAAGAGCAGAACUGCAUAGAAAAUGGCUUAGUGAAGGGUGAAGCCGAGUUGCUGGGACGGUUUGAAGUAGCGCAUCGCUUGCCUACAAGAAAAUCUCUGUACACAAACGGGUGUAGUGCAUUCGUGAAGCAUCUAGACAGGCUUAAAGACACAAUAAUUCUCCCAAAUAUGAUCACUCACCUGAUACAAAACGACAAAGAAGCCACUGACAACAAGAAAAUCUACAUAACGGAAAAAAUGGCGUACGUACUAAACACAUCGAUGGUUCUAGAAAAUUCUAAUGUCACACCGUUCAAGAGUAAAAACCGUUGCGGCUUUCCGUGCUUCUAUUGUAGGAAUAUAUUCCACAACUUAGGAAGCCUCAAAGACCAUCAGAAAACGCAUAACAAGAGUGAAUUAAAAAAGAUUUUGAGAACUUUUGGUCCGGAAUGCCUAGUUGUUUAUGUGGAUAUAACAGAAUUACAAUGUACCCUAUGCAAGACGCAAAUGCCAAAUUUAAAUGAGUUAAAAACUCAUCUCAUAAGAAAACACCACAAGAAAUUCUACUCAGACUUCACGGACAGAGUUAUUCCAUUUAAAUUAUCAGAGGGCAAACAAUCAAGCUAUGAGUGCCAGAUUUGUGGUUUCAGUUUUCAGACGUUUGGUUCAAUCGAACGGCAUAUGAAUGUGCAUUAUAGGAAUUAUGUAUGCAAAGAAUGUGGCACAGGUUUUGUUACUAAGUAUAGAUUGAAAGUUCAUACCAAAAGUAUGCAUAUGGGUGGGACAUACCCUUGUGAUGUAUGCAAAAAGGUAUUUUCUACACAGCAAAAGCAUAAAAACCAUGUUGAUACUGUGCAUAAGUUGGUGAAGAGAUUUAAAUGCACUCACUGUAAUGAGAGGUUCUCAGAAUACUUUAGAAGACAGAAGCAUAUUGUUGAUGUUCAUAACGGGCAACCGUUGCAGUAUAAAUGCAAUGUGUGUGAUAAAGUCUUCGAUAGACGAUACACAUUGUCGAGGCAUAUGAAGCGAGACCAUUUGGAAGAAAGGGAUUAUCAGUGUCAACUGUGCGCGUACAAGUGUUUUACUAAUAAUGAACUGAGAGUGCAUAUGGUGAAGCAUAACGGUGAGAGAAUAUUUGAGUGUUCAGUGUGUCACAAGGCAUAUGCAAGGAAGAAGACACUGCGUGAACACAUGAGGAUUCACAACAAUGACAGACGGUUUGCUUGUAAUGUGUGCGGUCAGGCUUUUGUGCAGAAGUGUAGCCUUAAAGGGCAUGUUAAGACACAUCACGUAGAGUAUAAUAUUCCAUUAUAAUUCUUUUUCUACAUAAUCGUAAUUUACUCAAUACAAACCCCCAAACCAUAAC